AAAAUCCACACGGGUGAUCCCAAAGUCUUGGCACCAGACAUAGGUCCGCUCCAGCUCAACACCACCGUGAGACGCCGCUUCGAGAGAGACUCUAAGCAGUCAGGACGCCGUGACUGGUUACGGAUACGUACUGUCAUCGUAGCAGGAUCUGCAUAGCUAUAUCUUGACCGCACACAACGACGAGGCGAUCCGCGAACAUGGAGGCAUAAAGCCUUUGCACAUUCUUCCACGGCGCUCAAGAUGCGCCCACACACGCAAUCACGUCACAAAGCGAUAACACCCGUCGAGACGACAGAAUGGAAGAGGCUGCAAAUGCCAUCCCUCUGUCCGACCAAGUUGCGCCCGACGCCUCCGCCGCCGUUGCCGACGAUGGCGCGCUGGUCGCGGCUACCAGGGAGAAGCUCGAACCAAUGGCUGCAGCGCCCAAGGUUCACAACGACGAACAAGCACGAGUGAAUGGUGGCACGCAGGAGUUUGCGCAUGAAGGUCGAGCAACCGGCAGUGACCAAAAGGCGCAAGACACCAUAGGUGACAUCCCCCACGACAUCAAGCCCGAAAUCACAGAGGCAACGCGCCUUCAGCAACCAGCCGACCAAGACGUCGUAGUCCGCACCGGCGAUGGCAAUGCAAUCCCGGCCUCAGAUCGCGUCGAUGUACUGCAGCACCAUGCAGAGCAAUUGAGCAUCAAGUCUGAGCUGCCCGUAGGUGCUGAACUGCCGGUCGCCUCUCUGGCACCACCUUUCAGCAUGGACGCCGAAAUGGCACCCUUAGAUUCACUACCUUACACCUCGGACGGCCUGCUGGACCAAUAUACCGAGCAACCGAUCCCAGUGCAGCCCGCGACAGGCUUUGCAAAACUCGAGUUCCAAGACGGACAUUUCUACAUGACGACCUACGCUGUUGAGCUUGGUCGAGACAUGCGCGCAUACAAGAUGGCACAACAAUAUCAGGCACGCAUGCAGCUCAGAGAAGAAAGGAGUGGAAAGAGAAGUCAGCGAAGCACGAGUCUACCUGGUACGCCAGUUCGACCGAUCAGAAAUGAUACUGCUGGGAUGUCGGCUCGUAGCUUCCUGAGCGAGAGCGGAGGUAUUGUUGGCGAUGACGAUGGCCACAUUAAACUCAAGAGGCGUAAAAAGAAGAAGAGCUCAAAGUCGAAGUCAACGGACACGUCUUCUAGCAGAAGCCAAAGCAUGUCGCGCAAGAACUCCAUCAACCAGGUACAACCUAAGUUCGACUACAAUCAGGCUGCGUUGCAAACAGUCGACCCAAAUGUAACGGCACCGUUAGAUCCCAUGGUCCAUAUGCCCGAUCCUCAUUUCACCCCACUGAUUCCAGUGCAUCCCCCCAUGAAUGGUGAGGAUGAGUUCUCAACGGGGAAGGGUAUCUCACGCAAGCACAUUCGGAUAGCCUACAACUUCGACCGAUGUCAUUUUGAGAUGAUUGUCUACGGUCGUAAUGGUGCUUUUCAUGACGACCAACACUACCCCGCCGGAUCCACGGUACCUCUUCACGACGGCAGCGUCAUUCAGAUUGGUGGUGUAUCGCUCAGAUUUGUACUCCCAACCGUUGCUCUCGAAACUGCGGACCCUGGCGAGAACGAUUUCGACAGCGUGAGCGGACGCAUGAGCUUCAAUUUUGAAGAUGGCCGCGGUGAAAGCAUCAUUGCUGAUGAAGACGAGUUGGACGAGUUUUCCUCUCCAAGCGCGAGAGCAAGGGCUCAUGCGGAAGAUUACGAAGAUUACGGCUAUGAAGACUUCCUUGACGAAGAAGAAGAGGGCGACAUUGCAGAAGAAGAAGACGAAGAAGAGGAGGACGAAUACUCAUCAGAAGAGGAUACUCCGAAGAAGCGAGGGCCUGGGCGCCCAAAGACCUAUGAUCGUAAAUCAUUGCCAAAGGCAAAGGACAAGCGCUCAUCAAAAACUGUCGCAAAUCAAAGUCGCAAGGGGCCAAAGCUCACACUCAAGAUCAGUGCCAAGGACAAAGCUCGGCAAGAGCGCGCCAAACUCAAAGCUGAAGCUGAAGCUCGAGAGCGCGAGCGUGCCGAGGCCAAAGCUAAGGCCGCAAAAAUCAAGGCUAAGGAAGCUGCGAAAGCCAAGGCGAAGGCGCAGGCUGAAGCCGAAGCAAAGGAACGCGAGAAAGCUAAAAAGGCAAAGGAGGCCGAGGCUCGUGCAAAGGAAUCCAAUAAGGAACCAUUCAAGGAGGCUACCAAAGAAGCUGCCAAAGAGACUUCGAAAGAGACGUCCAAAGAGACCACGAAAGAGACUUCAAAGGCGCCGACUGGAGAGCCUCCGGCACCGAAGGAACCGUCAGCUCCACGUAUUGCUCGUGAUGCCCCCUUGCAAAAUGGUGAGGAUAUCAACGUCCCUGGCCUACCUGCCGGUAUUAUCAUCCCGGCAAGAAAGAAAGGACCUGGCCGGCCACCGAAGGAUGGUGUCAUGUCGAAACGUGAGCGUGCACAGCUCAUAAAGCAAGCAAAGGAGCGAGAAAAGGCUAUCAAACUCGGCCUGGACCCCUCAACAAUUCCGCCUCCAGAGAUUCGACCGCCGAAGCCAAAACCAAGAAGAAACUCAAAAGGCGAAGAGGUCGAAGGCGAUGGGGAUGACGAUGAGAAGCGUCCAAAGAUUCCUCGGCCUCCGCGUUCACCAUCACCGGAGAUGAGAAUUGAAGACUAUACUGAAGAACAGUUGCAGCGUCCGAGCGCCAAUUAUGUCUAUCUGAUUUACGAGGCUAUCAAGAACUCGAAGGCUGGAGUGAUGAAUUUACAACAGAUCUACAGUGCAAUCGAGCGCAAAUAUCCUUGGUAUAAAUUCAAAGCAGGAAGCAAUGGAUGGCAAAGUAGCGUGCGCCACAAUUUGGGUCAGCAUGAGGCCUUCAAAAAGGUCGAAAAAGAGGGCAAAGGCUGGCUAUGGGGCAUCAAAGAAGGCGUUCCAAUCGAACGAGAGCGAAAGAAAAAAUCCCCGCCACCACAACCACCUCCUCACUACGGCCAGGGUUAUCCAUACCCACAAUAUGGCAACCACCAAUAUCCCCCUUAUCCUCCGGGCCAGUAUCAGCAACGCCCGCCAGGUGCUCCCAUGCCUCCAAACAUGACGCAGCAAGGGCGACCUCCAGGCCAAGUUCCACCAAAUGGCUAUCCCCCUCAUGUCCAUGCUGGCAGUCAACCCCAUUCAGCUAAUGGCCAACAUCGUCCUCCUUAUCCACCGCAUGGACGGCCACCGUAUCCAGCACAUGCUCAGCAACUUCCGCCACAGCAAUUCAAGCGCUACAAGCCACCCUCCGCCGAGGUCAUCGACACGUUCAAGAAAGUCUUCAUCUCGACGUAUGCAAGCAGAAACGACAAUAAUACGGCGAAGGCAGAGUCGAUUGUUACAAAUGCUAUAAAACGCGUUCUUGAACCAGAGACGAUGAUCGGUGUACCCAAGGAUACACAGGAAGAGAACGUUAUGAGGGCCUUUGAGGGCAUUUUGGUACAGAGUCAAGGACCACCAAGACAACUAACCCCUAGCCAAGCGCCCGCAAACGCGACACAUCAACAAGGUCAGUUCCCCCCACGCGCUCCUCCAUCAAAUGCAGCAGCACAUCAAGGAAGUACACAGCGUCAAGACACGCAGGGCCAGUCUGUACAGAGUCAGCAGCCACAGCCUCAGGCGGCUCAGAUGGCUCAAAUUCCCCCGCAACAUCAGCCUCCAUCAGCACCAGCCUCCAGUGUGCAAGCACCACCUUCAGUCGCUGCCUCAAGCCCAUCAGGUAACACAUCUGUGCCUUCAAUCCCACCAGCAGCAGCGGCCAGCGCAGCCUCACAAGCUGCCACCGCACCUCCACCUUCUCAGGCGGGUGCAACCAGUGAGAACAAGCAAGCUCAAGCUUUGGCCUCCCCGAAGCCUCAGGGCCCUGCGGAGGCAAAUCUGCUAGGAAUGCUGAUGGGCGGGCCAAAUUUCAGAUCUGGCACAAAUACGCCCGUGCCAAGGUCAACAAGUCCCACAGGACCACCGCCUGAAGGGAUCAGCAAAGAUCCAGUUCAGAGACAGAAUCACAGCGUCGCUGCAUCACAGGCUACUGUACCUCCUCAACCAGCAAGUACGACACAGACGCUGACCCAAAAGACCACAUCCACUCCUGCCUCCGCUCCAACUUCAGAAGGACUUGGCUUAAAUAUUAACACUUCUCUGCCAAAAGACACGAUUUUAGAGCGACCAAAUGGCAUUCCAAGGACCAUGACCCCGACUCGACCCGCUGUGGAGCCACUAACACCACCGGUUGUGGCAAGUCCAAAGGUAAAUAAUAAUGCAUCACCAAAUCUUUCUGCAGUGGCUUCGAAUGUUCCUACGAAGCGAGCUAGAAGUCCAGAGGUGGAAGGCGCCGCGGAUGAACAUGAAGGGGAAGUGAAGAAGGUAAAAAUAGAUCCUUGAUGGGGUCAUGGGCGCGUGAUGUCUUCUCGAGACAAUGAGCAGGCAGAAAAAAAAACACAUGUUUUAUCUAACAUGUCGCUUUAUUUCGCAUGUCCUUGAAGUCGCGUCCCACGAACGAGCUCUGUAUCUAGAGACUCUCAUUAUUCUUGAGCGUAAUUGAUUUUAGCCGGGGCUGAGACUAGGGCAUAUUUGGCAUGAAGAGUACUUGUUGCGUUCAUGCGUAGUAUUAAUCCAGGUAUAUGACAUACAGUGAUGAUAUCUGUAAUGACAAAAUCGGUUGUAG